UUUGUUUUUUGUUAAAAAUAUCGUAUACAUUAAAUAAAUAGGUAUUUACAAAUGACCCAUGAAAAUAUCUAAAAAGUCUAAAUAAAUUUAAAAUGAACCAAAAUGUGGCUAAACCAAAAAGACUCCCGGAUCUUUCUUGUACUUACAUAAUCAGUCACAUGAUGUCGCUAUACACUCAAAAGGUGAAAAGCGAAAAUUUUAUCUCCACGCCCGGAUUCCAACCAUUCACAGAAUAGGAUCGACUCCAUAGUGACCGGAAUGCUGGGUAAAAUUUAUACUUACAGAAAGGGGAGACUGCUCAUAAAUGUCGGUAGGCGAGCAAUUCCUUAAAACUGAGUCUCACCUCAGAGAUCUCGUUAUUUGCAAUGGUGUUUUCCUGGCAAGGAGGCUUCGAAGCUCGGCAACUGCUACUCUGGUUUCUGCUCCUCGCAGUCAGGGAGUGGGGGAGCGGCCAGGUCCACUACUCCGUCCCCGAGGAGGCCAAACACGGCACCUUCGUGGGCCGCAUCGCGCAGGACCUGGGGCUGGAGCUGGUGGAGCUGGUGCCGCGCCUGUUCCGUGUGGCGUCCAAGGGACGCGGGGAUCUUCUGGAGGUAAAUCUGCAGAAUGGCAUUUUGUUUGUGAAUUCUCGGAUCGACCGGGAGGAGCUGUGCGGGCGGAGUGCGGAGUGCAGCAUCCACCUGGAGGUGAUCGUGGACAGGCCGCUGCAGGUGUUCCACGUGGAGGUGGAAGUGAAGGACAUUAACGACAAUCCCCCGGUGUUCAGAGAAGGAGAACAAAAGGUACUUGUUUCUGAAUCUGCUCCUCUCGAGUCUCGUUUUCCUCUAGAGGGCGCUUCCGAUGCGGAUAUGGGCCUAAACUCUCUUCUGACCUAUAGGUUAAGUCUAAAUGAGUAUUUUACUCUUAAAAUAGUAACGAAAACCGAUAAAAGUAUAUUGCCUGAACUCAUUCUUCGGAAGACUUUGGAUAGAGAAGAAAUGCCAGAACUAAAUAUGUUGCUGACAGCUCUGGAUGGCGGCAAACCCCAGCUAACAGGUUCUGUUCAGAUUCAUAUAACCAUCCUGGAUGUUAAUGACAACGCUCCGGAGUUUGAUAAGCCUAGCUAUAAAGUGUUGCUGUUUGAAAAUGUCCCAAACGACACCAGAGUGAUUCAGCUAAACGCUUCUGAUCUAGACGAAGGACCAAAUAGAGAUAUUUCCUAUGGAAUCAGAAUGAUUUUGCCAAUGAGUGAAAAAUGUAUGUUUUCAAUAAAUCCAGAAACAGGUGAAAUUAGAAUUUAUGGGAAACUGGAUUUUGAAGAGAAUAAUGAGUAUGAAAUUCAGGUUAAAGCCAUUGAUAAAGGGAUUCCUUCCAUGGCAGGUCAUUGCACUGUUCUGGUGCAAGUUCUGGACUUGAAUGACAAUACCCCUGAAGUAACGGUCACUUCUCUGUCACUCCCAGUGCGAGAGGAUGCUCAGGUGGGCACCGUCAUAGUAGUGUAUAUACUUCAGAUAUCUCUUAAAGUCUUUGAGUGUACCAUGCUGAUUUCCUGGCGAGGAGGCCCAGGAGCUCCGCGUCUGCUGCUCUCACUUCUGCUCCUCGCAGUCUGGGAAGCCGGGAGCGGCCAGGUCCACUACUCGGUUCCGGAGGAGGCCAAACACGGCACCUUCGUGGGCCGCAUCGCGCAGGACCUGGGGCUGGAGCUGGCGGAGCUGGUGCCGCGCCUGUUCCGGGUGGCGUCCAAAGGGCGCGGGGACCUUCUGGAGGUAAAUCUGCAGAAUGGCAUUUUGUUUGUGAAUUCUCGGAUCGACCGGGAGGAGCUGUGCGGGCGGAGCGCGGAGUGCAGCAUCCACCUGGAGGUGAUCGUGGACAGGCCGCUGCAGGUGUUCCAUGUGGAAGUGGAAGUUACAGAUAUAAACGACAACCCGCCUGUAUUCCCUGAAAGUGAAAAAAGAAUAAUCAUUGCUGAAUCUAGACCUCCGGAAACUCGGUUUCCACUAGAUGGCGCAUCUGAUGCAGAUAUUGGAGUAAACUCCGCCUUGACCUACCGAGUCUAUCCCAACGAUUAUUUCACACUGGACACACAAAACAACCGUGAACAAACGUCUUCGUUAUCACUUGUGUUAAGGAAAUCAUUGGACAGAGAGGAAAUUCAGGAACAUAGUUUAUUAUUGACAGCCAGUGAUGGAGGUAAACCUGAGCUAACCGGCACAGUUCAGCUGAUGAUCACAAUCUUGGAUGUGAAUGACAACGCCCCAGAUUUUGACCAAUUGAUUUACAAAGUGAGAGUGUUAGAGAGCACAGUCAAUGGAACAUUAGUUAUCAAACUAAAUGCCACAGAUCCUGAUGAUGGUACAAAUGGAGACAUAAUCUACUCAUUUAGAAGACCCGUAUCACCUGCAAUAUUAUAUGCAUUUUCCAUAAAUCCUGACAAUGGAGAAGUUAGGACAAAAGGUAAAUUGGAUUUCGAAGAAAAGAAAUUGUAUGAAAUACCCGUGGAAGCAGUGGACAAGGGGAAUAUUCCAAUGGCGGGUCAUUGUACAAUUUUAGUGGAAGUACUCGAUAUAAAUGAUAAUGCCCCGGAAGUUACCAUCACUUCUUUGGCUCUUCCAGUGCGAGAGGAUGCUCAGGUGGGCACCGUCAUAGCCUUGAUUAGCGUGUCCGACCCUGACUCUGGCGCCAACGGUCAGGUGACUUGCUCACUAACGCCCCAAGUCCCCUUCAAGCUGGUGUCCACCUUCAAGAAUUACUAUUCGCUGGUGCUGGACAGCGUCUUGGAUCCUUCUUGA